AUGGACCCCACAAAAGAAUUCGAGAGUUUCCUCAAACUACCACCAGAACUCCAGACUAUGAUCUGGCGGCAUUACUGGUACAGAUCUCUUGGUUAUCUCCAACGGCUAUGGAGCCUAGGAUCCAUGUACCAAUCCUCCUUCGACCCCCAAACAGGGCGUGUGGCCGAUGCGACAGAAAGAACGCUGCGCCAGGAUCUUGGGAGCGUUUGUCUGCACAAGGUCAAGGGCCUCUUACCAAGGGACUACACAUACGAGCAACUUCAGUUUGGACGCAGCAUAAUCCACGUCGACUUCAACAGAGACAGAUUCUACUUCAGCGCCCGCUUCUUCUGGGCCUGCGUGGACCCAACGACCCACAUCAUCGUGGACAUGUUUGCCAUUAAAGACCUGGCAGCGUCGGGAUGGAACGAAUACGGCGCCAUCAUCCGCAAGUUCCCCUCGCUGAGGACGUUGACGGUGUCGAGCAGCAUUCCCUACUUCUGCCUCAACGCCACGAGGGCUCGCAUUCCGCCCGCCAUCACGAAUGGGUACAGGUUCGUGGAUUUUGCGGAUUUCCGACGCUACCACGGCAGUAUUAAGGCACAUGAGGAAGUUCAGGGGGAUGGCUUUACGAAAUUGUGUUCGACUAUGCGGGAGCUGCCUCGGAAUACUUGGCACCUGUGGCAGCUGAGGGAAGCUUUGGGCGACAAGGUUCAAAUUCUCCAUCAAGUUAAUCUUGAUCGAAGAGCUGACUGACCAUUUUGAGCUCUGAGCGGGCCAAUGAUGGAGACUAAGCCGUGAUGACGGCUUGUGUCUCUGGAUGAUUCGGAAGGUACAUGUUUUCG